UAAUGCUUUAUCCUUUGUUGUGACGCGAGAGCUUUCAACAUCUUGAUCUUCUUUCUGGUUCUAUCUCUCUCUCUUCUAUCAUUUCUUAGAUUUUUGCGAUCCAGCAAUCCGUCAUGGAGUCACGUACCAUGGAACACCGCAGAGCCAACUAUAAGAAUAAAGGUGGUUUGAAGCAAGACGAUCUUAGGCGUCGCAGAGAGGAGCAGCAGGUUGAGAUCAGAAGGCAGAAGCGCGAGGAGAAUAUCGCGAAAAGGCGUAAUUUCCUCCCCUCAGCUUCAGCCGACUCAGAUGAAGAAGCGACGACAAGCAGUUGGGAGCCUCCGCUUGCGGAAGAAAUGAUUAGUGGCGUGUUUUCUAAUGAUCCUGAUCGCCAGUUGGAUGCAACUACGAAGUUCCGGAAACUGCUGUCAAAGGAGAGGAACCCUCCAAUCGAGAAAGUCAUCGAGUGUGGCGUUGUACCCCGUUUCGUUGAAUUCCUUCGGACUGGUGCUUCCAUGUUGCAGUUCGAGGCCGCUUGGGCGCUCACAAAUAUUGCUUCUGGAACCGCCGAGCACACUCAAGUUGUCAUCUCCGCUGGAGCUGUGCCUGAGUUCAUCAACCUCCUGUCAUCGCCGGUCCUCGAUGUUCGUGAGCAGGCGGUAUGGGCCCUCGGGAACAUCGCGGGUGACAGUCCACAAUGCAGAGAUUACGUCCUACAGCAAGGGGCAUUGAGGCCACUCCUGACUUUGCUAAGCGAAAAUCACAAACUUAGCAUGCUCAGGAACGCUACGUGGACCUUGAGUAACUUCUGCAGGGGCAAAAAUCCUCAGCCCGACUGGGAACUGAUCUCCCCCGCGUUGACCGUCUUGACCAAACUCAUUUACUCGCUCGAUGACGAAAUUUUGAUUGAUGCUUGCUGGGCUAUUUCAUACCUUUCAGAUGGUUCGAACGACAAGAUCCAAGCAGUUAUCGAGUCAGCUGUAUGUCGGCGCCUCGUUGAUCUACUCAUGCACAGUUCAACCUCCGUACAAACGCCCGCUCUUCGUUCAAUCGGCAACAUUGUUACUGGAGAUGAUCUUCAGACUCAGGUCGUUAUCGCGUCUGGGGCUUUACCCGCUCUUCUUUCGCUGCUAUCUUCUCCAAAAGAAGGUAUCAGGAAAGAAGCGUGCUGGACGAUCUCCAACAUUACCGCUGGGUCACCUCCCCAAAUUCAGGCAGUCAUCGAUGCCAACAUCAUUCCUCCACUCAUCAACAUUCUUUCCAAUGCCGACUUCAAAACGCGGAAGGAGGCCUGCUGGGCAAUUUCGAACGCGACGUCUGGCGGUCUUCACGAACCAGCGCAGAUCCGCUAUCUCGUCUCGCAAGGUUGUAUCAAGCCACUUUGUGACCUGCUCACUAUGAUGGAUAACAAGAUCAUUCAAGUUGCCCUUGAUGGUCUCGAUAACAUUUUGAAGGUCGGCGAGACAGACAAACAGGCUGGAGGUCCCGGAUCUGUCAACCAAUAUGCUCUAUAUGUCGAAGAGGCGGGCGGUAUGAUCACCAUCCACAACCUCCAAUCACACGACAACCUAGAGAUAUAUAAGAAGGCGUUCAAUAUCAUGGACAAGUACUUCCCAGAUGAGGAGGAAGUGGAUGCAGCAAUCAGCGCACCUAGCCUUGAUGCUACUGGUACAUUUGCUUUCCAGGAUGUCACUGCUCCUCAAGGAGGCUUUAGUUUCGGCCAGCAGUAAACUGUUGGUCUUGUUGAUUCGCCUAUCUCUUCCACUGUGCUACUGUCACUUAUAUCUUGCACCAACCAUUAUCGCUCAACUCCCCAUUCUGUUUGCAACCUGUGAUCUCUCCUUACCCUUUACGCUUGUGCGGUAUGUUACAUGUAACGCGUCUAACGGACGCAAAUUCCUUUAUGACAACAAUAUAUGUCAGAGCACGAGAAAAUGAUUCAGUGUAGUAGCUGAUAAUACUUAUUAUUGGUAACCUGUACUACCCAAUGAUGUCUGUUAUGCGAUACAUGAAAUUUACAAC